AUGGGCGUCAUCGCAGCCUUGAAGGGCAAUAAAGUUGGAGCCGUGGUAGUCUCCGUCUUUGACUGGUACCCGUCGGAGUACCCGAAAGAGGAGAGGAAGCUUCUCCGCAAGCUUGACCUAGCCAUCCUGGUCUUUGGAUCUCUGAGCUGCAAACUGGCACCAUUCCUACUUCCUUCGCUACAGAUCCUUUGGGCCGUCAUCGCAUUUUGUCAGUCUGAGAUCAAACAUAGCUGGCAACUCUAUAUCUUGAGAGCCUUGACUGGGUUCCUCGAGGCCAGCUCAUUUGGUGGCACUCAUCUAAUCCGUGCUGACGCUGUCGGUGUAGUUGGCUCGUGGUUCAAGAAUGAAGAACUCUUCAAACGAGCGGGCGUCUGGUUCAUGGGCAAUUCACUUGGUUCCAUGUUCUCUGGCUACCUCCAAGCUGCUGCAUACCGAAACCUCAAUGGCGUUUUUGGGCGUGCUGGUUGGCGAUGGCUGUUCAUUGUACAAGGCAUCAUCACGUUACCUCUCGCAUUUCUGGGAUUCGUCGUUUGGCCUGGACUACCUACAUCGCCCAGGAGGUGGUAUAUGACUGAGAAAGAGCAUGCUUUGGCUCUCAAGCGCAUCCCAACGGUCGAGAAGGAGGGUAUCACAUGGAAGACAUUCAAGUACACCUUGAGCCGUCCCAUGUGGUGGAUUUGCGUCUCGUGCUACAUCUUCUUGUGUCAGGCACAUUACUGGACUGGUUACAUGGCCCUCUGGCUCCGUCACGCUGGCUACUCAAUCGAACUUGUCAAUAUCCUCCCAACGUUUAUCGACUUGCUUCGCGCCAUCUCUUCCUGGCUUGGCACAACAUUGGCGGGAUGUCUCAGCCUUCGAGGACUGUGGACGUUCCAAGCAUCAUUUGUAUUCUUCGCCUGUAUAGUGUUAUCUAUAUGGACUGUGCCUGAUGGGUUGAAGUUUGUCGCCUUUUACUUCGGUGGUUUUUCAGGCAUGGCAUCACCCAUUCUGUACUCGUGGGUCAACUCGACCUUGAGGGAGAACUACGGCGAACGGGGUCUCAUUAUUUCGUCUAUGAUGACACUUGGCUUUUGCAACCAGAUUUGGAUCCCGCUUUUCACAUUUCCAACCGUUGAGGCACCGCGGUUCCCAAAUGGAUAUCCAGCGGCGACAGUGUUUGAGUUCACUAUGUGGGCAAUCUUGAUGGGAGGAGUCUGGUAUAUGAAGAGGUGGAAGACUAAGCAUCCGGAUCUCGAGAUGCGCCUUGCUGAACCGGAGAAUCUUGGCCCAGCUAGUGAGGCCAAGUCUGGUGACACCGGCAGGGCUGACACAAAGGGUACCGACGAACACGUGAGAAGUAUCUGA